GGAGCUCGUCACGCGGCGCCACCGUCACAGCACCAGCAGCAGCCAGCGAGCAGCAUCAGUUCCAGGCUCGGGGGACCCUCUCCGGUGCCAGUGCCCAUGCGGGGCCGCCGCCAGUGACGCCUGGGAGGUGACUCUGCCCUCUCUGGGGCAAGUGCAGCGGCUGAAUUACCAACACACGCCACAGAAAUGGCCGGGGCUUCUGUGAAGGUGGCGGUCCGCGUCCGCCCCUUCAAUUCCCGGGAAAUGAGCCGCGACUCCAAGUGCAUCAUCCAGAUGUCAGGAAGCACCACCACUAUUGUUAACCCCAAACAGCCCAAGGAGACACCCAAGAGCUUCAGCUUUGACUACUCCUACUGGUCACAUACCUCGCCCGAGGACAUCAACUAUGCCUCUCAGAAGCAGGUGUACAGGGACAUUGGAGAAGAGAUGCUGCAGCAUGCCUUUGAGGGCUACAAUGUGUGCAUCUUUGCCUAUGGGCAGACAGGGGCGGGCAAGUCCUACACCAUGAUGGGGAAGCAAGAGAAGGACCAACAAGGCAUCAUCCCACAGCUCUGUGAAGACCUCUUCUCUCGCAUCAAUGACACGACCAAUGACAACAUGUCCUACUCAGUGGAGGUCAGCUACAUGGAGAUUUACUGUGAGCGGGUCCGUGACCUCCUGAACCCCAAGAACAAAGGCAACCUGCGUGUGAGGGAACACCCUCUGCUGGGGCCCUAUGUGGAAGACCUCUCCAAACUGGCUGUAACCUCCUACAAUGACAUCCAGGACCUCAUGGACUCAGGGAACAAGGCUAGGACUGUGGCAGCCACAAACAUGAACGAGACCAGCAGCCGUUCCCACGCUGUCUUCAACAUCAUCUUCACCCAGAAGCGCCACGAUGCAGAGACCAACAUCACCACAGAGAAAGUGAGCAAAAUCAGCCUUGUGGACCUGGCUGGCAGUGAACGAGCUGACUCCACCGGAGCCAAGGGCACACGACUCAAGGAGGGAGCCAACAUCAACAAGUCUUUGACUACUCUGGGAAAGGUCAUCUCUGCCCUGGCUGAAAUGGACUCUGGACCCAACAAGAACAAGAAAAAAAAGAAGACAGAUUUCAUCCCUUACCGAGACUCUGUAUUGACCUGGCUUCUCCGGGAAAACCUGGGUGGCAAUUCAAGGACAGCCAUGGUGGCAGCCCUGAGCCCAGCAGACAUCAACUAUGAUGAGACCCUCAGCACACUGAGAUAUGCAGACCGGGCCAAACAGAUCCGCUGUAACGCCAUUAUCAAUGAAGACCCUAAUAACAAGCUGAUUCGAGAGCUGAAGGAUGAGGUGACCAGGCUGCGAGACCUGCUGUACGCCCAAGGUCUUGGCGAUAUCACUGACACCAACACUGUGCCUGGAGGACCCAAAUUGACCAAUGCCUUGGUGGGCAUGAGCCCCUCAUCUUCGCUGUCGGCCCUGUCCAGCCGCGCGGCCUCAGUGUCCAGUCUCCAUGAGCGUAUCUUGUUUGCUCCAGGCAGUGAGGAGGCUAUUGAAAGGCUGAAGGAAACAGAGAAGAUCAUCGCUGAACUCAAUGAGACUUGGGAGGAGAAGCUGCGGCGGACAGAAGCCAUCCGGAUGGAGAGGGAAGCCUUGCUGGCUGAGAUGGGUGUAGCCAUGAGAGAAGAUGGUGGCACCUUGGGUGUGUUUUCUCCCAAAAAGACACCUCAUCUUGUCAACCUGAACGAGGAUCCAUUGAUGUCUGAGUGCCUCCUCUACUACAUCAAAGAUGGAGUUACCAGAGUGGGCAGAGAAGAUGCAGAGAGGCGGCAAGACAUCGUCCUGAGUGGGCACUUCAUCAAGGAGGAGCAUUGCAUCUUCCGGAGCGACUCCCGGGGAGGUGGAGAAGCCGUGGUGACCCUGGAGCCCUGUGAAGGAGCUGACACGUAUGUCAAUGGCAAGAAAGUCACUGAGCCCAGCAUCCUUCGGUCAGGAAACCGCAUCAUCAUGGGAAAGAGCCACGUGUUCCGGUUUAACCAUCCCGAGCAGGCCCGCCAAGAGCGGGAGCGAACACCCUGUGCAGAGACACCUGCUGAGCCAGUGGACUGGGCCUUCGCCCAGCGUGAGCUGUUGGAGAAACAGGGCAUCGACAUGAAGCAGGAGAUGGAGCAGAGGCUCCAGGAGCUGGAGGACCAGUACCGGCGGGAACGGGAGGAGGCCACAUACCUGCUGGAGCAGCAGAGGCUGGACUAUGAGAGUAAGCUGGAGGCCCUCCAGAAGCAGAUGGAUUCCAGGUACUACCCAGAGGUGAAUGAGGAGGAGGAAGAGCCAGAGGAUGAAGUCCAGUGGACAGAGCGGGAAUGUGAGCUGGCAUUGUGGGCCUUCCGGAAAUGGAAAUGGUACCAGUUCACUUCUCUACGGGACCUGCUGUGGGGCAAUGCCAUCUUCCUGAAGGAGGCCAAUGCCAUCAGUGUGGAGCUGAAGAAGAAGGUCCAGUUCCAGUUCGUCCUCCUCACAGACACCCUCUACUCCCCGCUGCCGCCAGACCUACUGCCUCCAGAAGCAGCCAAAGACCGAGAGACACGGCCCUUCCCGCGAACCAUCGUGGCAGUAGAGGUCCAGGACCAGAAGAAUGGGGCCACCCACUACUGGACGCUAGAGAAACUCAGGCAACGCCUGGACCUGAUGCGGGAGAUGUAUGACAGGGCCGCGGAGGUGCCCUCCAGCGUCGUUGAGGACUGUGACAACGUGGUGACUGGCGGGGACCCCUUCUAUGACCGCUUCCCCUGGUUCCGGCUGGUGGGCAGUUCAGUCAUCUCUGGCUGCAACAGCUACCCUCUUCUCAACACAUGCAUGAGCGAGCGCAUGGCUGCUCUCACCCCCUCCCCCACCUUCUCAAGCCCCGACUCCGACACCACCGAGCCUGCCGAGGAGCAGAGCGUGGGGGAGGAGGAGGAGGAGGAGGAGGAGGAGGAGGAGGACCUGGAGGACGACGUCUUUCCGAAGCACACGCUGUGCGAAGGCCGGGACCCGUUUUACGACCGGCCCCCCCUGUUCAGUUUAGUAGGAAGGGCCUUCGUGUACCUGAGCAACCUGCUGUACCCCGUGCCCCUGGUGCACCGCGUGGCCAUCGUCAGCGAAAAGGGAGAGGUGAAAGGCUUCCUCCGUGUGGCGGUGCAGGCUAUCUCAGCUGACGAAGAGGCUCCGGAUUAUGGCUCAGGUGUCCGUCAGUCAGGAACUGCUAAAAUCUCCUUUGAUGACCAGCAUUUUGAAAAGUUUCAGUCUGAAUCCUGCCCUGUGGUGGGGAUGUCCCGCUCAGGGACCUCCCAGGAGGAGCUGCGCAUUGUCGAAGGCCAGGGUCAGGGUGCUGACUCUGGGCCUUCAGCUGAUGAGGUCAACAACAACACCUGCUCAGCUGUGCCUCCUGAAGGCCUCCUAGACAGCCCUGAGAAGUCUGCCCUGGAUGGGCCCCUAGACACGGCCCUGGACCACCUCCGUCUAGGCAGCACCUUCACCUUCCGUGUGACGGUCCUGCAGGCAUCCAGCAUCUCUGCUGAAUACGCCGACAUCUUCUGCCAGUUCAACUUUAUCCACCGCCAUGAUGAGGCCUUCUCCACUGAGCCCCUGAAGAACACUGGCAGGGGACCCCCUCUUGGCUUCUACCAUGUCCAAAAUAUUGCAGUAGAGGUGACCAAGUCCUUCAUUGAGUACAUCAAGAGCCAACCCAUUGUGUUUGAGGUCUUCGGCCACUACCAGCAGCACCCAUUCCCACCUCUUUGCAAGGAUGUGCUCAGCCCCCUGAGGCCCUCACGUCGCCACUUCCCCCGGGUCAUGCCACUAUCCAAGCCAGUGCCUGCCACUAAGCUCAGCACCAUGACACGGCCUUCCCCAGGUCCCUGCCAUUGCAAGUAUGACCUGCUGGUCUACUUCGAGAUCUGUGAGCUGGAAGCCAAUGGCGAUUACAUCCCUGCUGUGGUAGACCACCGUGGCGGGAUGCCAUGCAUGGGGACCUUCCUUCUCCACCAGGGCAUCCAGAGACGGAUAACCGUGACGCUGUUGCAUGAGACUGGAAGCCACAUCCGCUGGAAGGAAGUGCGAGAGCUGGUUGUGGGUCGUAUCCGAAACACUCCAGAAACUGACGAAUCUCUGAUUGACCCCAACAUCUUGUCCCUCAACAUCCUCUCAUCGGGAUAUGUCCACCCAGCCCAGGAUGACCGGCAGUUUCUUGAUUCGGACAUACCUAGCGUUUCCUUCGGAAAUGACACUAGGACCUUCUACCAGUUUGAAGCAGCCUGGGACAGCUCCAUGCAUAACUCUCUCCUGCUGAACCGUGUCACCCCUUACCGGGAGAAAAUCUACAUGACCCUCUCUGCCUACAUUGAGAUGGAGAACUGCACCCAGCCAGCUGUCAUCACCAAGGACUUCUGCAUGGUUUUCUACUCUCGUGACGCGAAGCUACCUGCCUCACGCUCCAUUCGCAACCUGUUCGGCAGUGGGAGCCUGAGGGCCACAGAAGGCAACCGUGUGACUGGUGUAUAUGAGCUCAGCCUUUGCCAUGUGGCCGACGCAGGUAGCCCAGGGAUGCAGCGCCGGCGCCGGAGGGUGCUGGACACAUCAGUGGCCUAUGUCCGGGGUGAGGAGAACCUGGCUGGCUGGAGGCCUCGGAGUGACAGCCUGAUCCUGGACCAUCAGUGGGAGCUGGAGAAACUGAGCCUCCUACAGGAGGUGGAGAAGACGCGGCACUACCUGCUCCUAAGGGAGAAGCUGGAGACCACCCAGCGGCCUGGCCCUGAGGCGCUGUCCCCAGCCUCCAGCGAGGACUCUGAGUCCCGCAGCUCCUCAGGUGCCUCUUCCCCACUGUCUGCUGAGGGUCAACCAUCACCUCUGGAGGCCCCCAAUGAGAGGCAGAGGGAGCUGGCUGUCAAGUGCUUACGACUCCUCAUGCACACAUUCAACAGAGAGUACACCCACAGCCACGUCUGUAUCAGUGCCAGCGAGAGCAAGCUCUCUGAGAUGUCUGUCACCCUGAUGCGGGACCCAUCCAUGUCCCCUCUGGGUGCAGCUACGCUCACCCCCUCCUCCACUUGCCCCUCUCUGAUUGAAGGACGCUAUGGUGCCACCGAUGUGAGGACCCCCCAGCCCUGCUCCCGGCCCGCCAGCCCAGAGCCUGAGCUCCUGCCAGAACUUGACUCCAAGAAGACUCCCUCCCCUAUUGGAGCAACAGAGGCAGACAAGGAGCCCCAGCGUCUGCUGGUCCCUGACAUCCAAGAGAUCCGAGUCAGCCCAAUCGUCUCCAAGAAGGGGUACUUGCACUUCCUGGAACCACACACGGCUGGCUGGGCCAAGCGCUUUGUGGUGGUACGGCGUCCCUACGCCUACAUGUACAACAGCGACAAGGACACCGUAGAGAGAUUUGUGCUCAACCUCUCCACUGCCCAGGUGGAAUACAGCGAGGACCAGCAGGCCAUGCUCAAGACACCCAACACGUUUGCUGUGUGCACUGAGCACCGAGGCAUCCUGCUGCAGGCCAACAGUGACAAGGACAUGCACGACUGGCUGUAUGCCUUCAACCCGCUCCUGGCUGGGACAAUUCGGUCCAAGCUCUCCCGGAGGAGAUCUGCGCAGAUGCGGGUCUGAGCCGAAGCCUUCCGGACAUCCAGUGGCCCAGACCACUCCCCUGUCCUGUCAUCUGUCCCUGUCAUCUGCCACUCAGCCCUUCCCCCACAAGGGGACACCUGUGCUGGGCCCAGCAACCCCAUCUCUUGGCGGGAGGCCUAUGCCACAUGACGAAUUGUGCCCCCCAGAGGUUGUGUGUGUUCUUCUUUCUUCCAAAGUUGCUGUGGUGGGAAGUUCGGAAUGCCAGGAAGGUCAGAGGGCACAAGACCCAGGGUAUUGCCACUGUUCUAAUAUUUUUUUAAGCAUAGACAGACUUAUAAUUAAUAUACAUUAGUUAGUGGUGUUGAAACAGUCCUCUGAGACAUUAACUAUAAGACUGUGUUCUGUUUAUAAGUAUUUAUUUCUAAUGCCUCCAAGUAGGACUGUAAGGUUCAUGUGGAGCUCUCCCCAACACCCUGCCUCCCCUGACACCCCAGCCUAGGCCCUGUUGGUUCCCACGUAUGUCUCCAGCCUGCCAGGAGCAGAGAGAGGGAGGAGUGUGAACAAGCCACGGCUCCUAACAGCUGGCCCAGGGAUGCUCCGCCCUGGCCAGUUUUGUCUGAGAUGCACCCACCAGGGUAUGUAUGUGAGGGGUCUGCAAGUCCCAAGACUUAGGCAACUCAGAAGGUGCUGCCUGCUGCUUCUGAGGGAACAACUCCCAAGAUGGCGCACUAAGGGUGGUGCAGGCAGCUUCAGUCCCGGAGUGGGGAGGAUCAGAUGAGAUGUAGGGAAGGUCAGCCCCUGCUAGGCAGUGCAGACUGGCUCCGGCUGGGCUGUGUCCAGGCUGCUGGGUAAGGUGGUGGGUUUACACGGGGCUGGGGGUGGGCAGAGUCUGCUGGUGUUCAGGAUGGGGUCUCUGACUUUAGCCUUGGGUGUCAGUGAGAAGAGGGGUGGAUAUGUAUCUGUGGGAAGGUUCUGUGAUCAGCGAUCCCUUACAGUCUCUGCCCCGCCGGUAGAUCUCCUCUGUCAGUCUCAGCAAGAGAACUCCAGGAGCGAUGUGUGUCCUUGUCAGGCAGAUGAGGGUGACCUUGGCAAAGGGACUCUCCCCUUUUGCAUCUGUUGAAUUUCCAUACCACGGGCCCAUUUGGAAAACCAGAAUCCGAACCUCAAGUCCCCAGCGUCCAUCAGGAGCAAUCACACUCAGCCAUUUCAGAACUCUCUCGUCACCUUAACCAGCCCCUCCCCCUCCAGAUAAACUGCUGGGUUUGAGCUCCCUGUCAGCCCAGGCUGUCUCCACAUGUCUCCACAUGACAUGACAUGACAUGGAUAUUCUUAAGACUGUUCACAGCAUCUCUACUGACUGGAGAGAGACAUAAGGGAAGGCUCUGGUUUCAAGGUCCCUCGGCAUCGUUAUCAAGGGCCCUGCCCUUCAUCCAGGCGUCAAGAUACAGGGUGGUGGCAAGGUUUCUACUGGUGGCAGUGUGUGCACCUGCCAGCCAGUGUGAGUCUUGCUGAAGCUGAGAAUUCACCCAUCACUGGGGUCAGUUGCUGUAUGGAUGGCCACCAUCAUGCUUGGCCUUGCCUCAUCCCCAGGACCUGAGGUAACAGUCCUUAGCAUCAGGUCUCAGGAAACCCUGUCUUUGAAAUAUAGGAUAAGGCUUACUUCUAAGAAUCCAGAUCAAGAUGUCUACCCCCGACCAAAAUUAAACCAUAACCAGAAACCAGGUGACCUGUGCUGUCCAAUGUGGACCUUGAAGGCAGGAGGCUGAGAUGCAGAGUGGAGAGGAGACAUCUGGGUCCUUAACAAGCUCACUCUGGUACUCAUGACCUCCUCAAAGAAGGGAAAGAGCGAGUUACUUAAAUUUCUUGGUUCCCAAGAGCCACACAGCCACACAGCCCCCAGCAGGCAGAGAGACAGUCAGGCCUGCCAUGCUCGCUCAGGUCAGCCAGCCUGAAGCUGAGGCCUUGGAAGAGUCUGGCUCCACCCAGCAUGUGGGUGUCUGAGGCCAGCCAACCUACAGAGCACCUGUGCCUGGGUCGGGUUGUAGAAAGGUUAAGAACUCUACCCCCACCCCCCACUCCACCACCCCCCCCACACCAUUCAGGGGCCAUUCCAUUUCGGUCCAGUGCUAUCCUGGUAUUGUUUGGGAACCAAGGUGGGCUCCCUGCUUUUGUGGGAGGCCCUGAGUCAGAGCGUAGUAACCAGAACUGAUUGAGCAAGAACUCCAUCUACAGCUCAGGAAACCUGAUUUCUUCAUGCCCUUCCUACCCAAAACUAUCAUGUCAGCUGAAGGUCAUUCAUCCGACAGCUGAGACACGGAGGGCUGACUUGGAGACCGGGGGUGGGCUCAUGUCAUCAAGAAGCAGGUCUCCCUAGCUGAGGCCUGUUUCCUGCUAAGUGCAAGGAAUGAGAUGGGUCCAGAAAAUACUACCACGGACAGUUUGGUUCUGAUACUUGAUGCUUCAUAGGCUGUAACCUCAAUUUAGUUUGGGAUAAUCAUCUUUCCUGGAGAAGGUGGGCUGCUUCUGCGUCCUAGGAGAACCCAGGGCUGGGUUCUUGUGAUACCCUGCUAAUGCCUGGAUAAGACAUCUAAGGCCUCCUGUCCUGCUCCAAGCAAUCAUGCUAACAUGUUAUUCAACACACACACACACACACACACACACACACACACACGUACUAAAUUGCUCUCCUCAUCUAUUUCGGCCCCUGGAGACCCCUGGAUAUCUUGGGAUUACUGAAUAUGGCUGAUGUUACAGAUGUGAACAAGGCUGAGGUGUUGAUCCUCUGCUCCACCCAGCAUGGGGACCUCACAAGACACAUUCCUUUACCCCUGGGUCUGGAGCCAUGCAGUCCCCCACGAUGGACAGAUGCUGUGGCUGACCUGAGUCUCCCCAUGAGCCUGGACCUCCUGUAGUUUGUCUAUCCUGAGGGCUCCCCUGCAACUCAGAGGCUGUGUCCCUGACUUGUACAUAUGUGAUUGCUGUGGGCACCCCCUGGCCCCUGUGUCGUAACCAUCUGACGUAAUGACUAGUAUCCUGCUGUUUACACCUGAGUGUUAGCUGUAGGCUCCUGUACUGUUUGUGUGCACUUAGGGCUUUGUCCAAUUAAGAAAUAAACGUGGCUCUCAUGCAACACACAACCAUU